CUCACUCGAGCAAUGAUCUUUGCCAUUGAGCAGAUCAAUAACAGCACAGAGCUGCUGCCAGGAGUCAAACUGGGAUAUCAAAUCUACGACCCGUGUGCCUCCAUCCCUGUGGCCAUGCAUGCAGCAAUUCAGCUGCUAAACGGCAAUGACUCUGUGUUUAAUUCAGGCGACAACUGUUCUCACUCUGGUGUGGUGAUGGCUGUGGUUGGUGAGUUUGGAUCCACGGCGUCCAUGAGCAUAUCACGUGUUACGGUACCGUUUAACAUUCCCCUGGUGAGUCCCUACUCCACAUGUGCCUGCCUUUCAGAUAAGAAACAGUAUCCAAAUUUUUUCAGAACCAUUCCCAGUGAUCAGUUUCAAGCUGACGCUCUGGCCAAGCUGGUGAAACACUUUGGCUGGACUUGGAUUGGAGCCAUCCGGUCGGACUCAGAUUAUGGAAAUAACGGCAUGGCAGCUUUUCUAGACGUUGCACUCCGAGAGGGGAUCUGCGUGGAGUACUCUGAAGCCUUUUAUCGGACCAACCCGCGCAGCAAAAUCAAAAGAGUUGCCGAUAUUAUCAGAAGGUCAACAUCAAAAGUUGUGGUGGCUUUUACAGCAAUUGGAGACAUGAAGAUCCUGUUAGAGGAGCUGGCUCAGGAGCCUCCUCCGCCUCGCCAGUGGGUUGGAAGUGAGGCCUGGAUAACCGAACCUCAACUGCCGAGCUACACUUUCUGUGCAGGGGCCAUCGGAGUUGCCAUCCAGCGAUCUGUCAUGCCUGGCUUUAGAGACUUCCUCCUGGAUCUCUCUCCAUCAGAAGUGCGUGGCUCAUCAGUGCUGACUGAGUUCUGGGAGGAUGCGUUCAACUGCAGCCUGACAGAAAGUAACCGUACAUCCAAAAGAAUGUGUAAUGGACAAGAGGACUUGACGACACUCCAGAGUCCGUACACUGAUACAUCUCAGCUGAGGAUUUCAAACAUGAUGUACAAGGCUGUCUAUGCAAUAGCACAUGCUAUUCAUAAUGCAUUGUUUCAAAAAGUAAAUUUCACCCUUCUUCAAACCCAAAGGUUGGAGUCAAAAGAGGUUUUUACUGAGCUUAAGCAAGUCAACUUUUCCCAAAAUGGUUACCAUGUGUCAUUUGAUGGGAAUGGGGAUCCAGUGGCUUUCUUUGAAUUGGUGAACUGGCAGAAGAAUGAGAGAGGAGCCAUUGAGCCGGUAACAGUGGGGUUUUAUGAUGCAUCGCUGCCAGAAGGCCAGAAGUUUCGUAUCAACAGGAAAAUAACCUGGGUCGAAGGUGGCACUCAAGUUCCAGUGUCAGUUUGCUCAGAGAGUUGUCCUCCAGGAACUCGUAAAGUGUUGCAGAAAGGAAAACCAAUCUGCUGCUAUGACUGUAUACCAUGUCCUGAAGGAGAGAUCAGUAAUAUGACAGAUUCUCCUGAUUGCUCCCCAUGUCCCAGAGAGUUCUGGCCAAAUGCAAAGAGAGAUGCUUGUUUCCACAAACCUGUGGAGUUUCUUUCCUUCGAUGAAGUCCUGUCAAUCAUCCUGGCUGUAUUCUCCAUCAGUGGAGCCUUUCUUGCUGUCAUUACAGCAGUGAUCUUCUUCUAUUACAGAACAACUCCAAUUGUCAGAGCCAACAACUCUGAGCUGAGCUUCCUGCUGCUCUUCUCUCUGACUCUGUGUUUCUUAUGUUCAUUAACUUUCAUUGGAGCCCCCUCUGAGUGGUCCUGCAUGCUGCGGCACACAGCGUUUGGCAUCACAUUUGUUCUCUGUAUCUCCUGUGUUCUUGGGAAAACUGUAGUGGUUCUAAUGGCCUUUAAAGCUACACUUCCUGGUAGUAAUGCAAUGAAAUGGUUUGGACCUCUACAACAAAGAAUGACUGUAGUGUCUUUUACAUUUAUUCAGGUUAUAAUAUGUAUCAUUUGGUUGGUUGUGAGUCCUCCUUUCCCAGUGAAAAAUCUGACCACCUACAAGGAGAAGAUCAUCCUGGAAUGUGCGUUAGGCUCUGCUGUUGGUUUCUGGGCUGUGCUCGGCUACAUCGGCCUGCUGGCUGUGUUUUGCUUUGUGUUAGCUGUUCUAGCUCGGAAACUACCUGAUAAUUUCAACGAAGCCAAGAUGAUAACCUUCAGCAUGUUGAUAUUCUGUGCAGUCUGGAUCACCUUCAUCCCAGCUUAUGUCAGCUCUCCUGGAAAAUUUACUGUGGCUGUGGAGAUAUUUGCUAUUCUGGCCUCCAGUUUUGGACUGAUACUGUGUAUAUUUGCUCCAAAGUGUUUCAUCAUUUUGUUUCAGCCAGAAAAAAACACCAAGAAAUAUUUAAUGAACAAAAGUUAAGUAUCCCUUUUACAUUGUUUGGAAACAAUAUGGUUGAGUUGUUUCAAGGUAAUAUAUCAACUAUAUAUCAACAUUUGUAAGCAGUGUAAAUAUUAAUGACUUUGUUUUUUUCUAUAUAUAUGUCUGAAUUUACUGCUCUUAACCAUGACUUGUACUA